CUGGAUACCUACCCAAUCUUGUGCGUAAAAGCUUUUUUGAAGAGACAUUUGGAUGUCCGAAAGUAUGCUGUUGAAUGGUAAAAAAGCUUGAAGUGAUCGCAGACGGAAACCAUCGCAUUUUAAGAGAGCACGAGUUCUUAUCGUUACAAGAUCGUUGAUCUUUGGCUCUCUCUUUUUUUUACGCGUGAAAAACCAGAAGUUUUCUCGAUGACAACGUCGCACGGCCCUGCUUGACCAGACUCGGACGCCGAGGAGACGCCAAAUCCACAGGUCAAAGAGUUAUUUGUCUUUUUCAAUUUUAGCCAUGUGUGCAUUCAGUAGUUGGAGAUAAAGCUGCAAUAAAAACCUCGUGUGGUUGUAAGGCAGAGAGGAAGGGUGUGUGCGCGCUCUCGCUCUGUAGCCUCACCGGACAAGAGCAGGAGGAAAUCUGGGAGAGAGGGGGAAGACAAGCGGCAACUCCAAGGAUGACUUUAGGGACGGAUAUGUCCGACAGCUCUGCAUUGUCCGAGGAUGUGGACAUCGAUGUGGUUGGUGGUGACAUAUCGGUUGGAAAGGACGGAAAGUACAUUCACCAUGACUUCAACUUCGACAAUGACUCGGACGAUAAUUACUCCCAGAACACGGCCGAGAGGGUUGCCUCUCCAGGGCUGAGCAGCUCCGACUGCCCGUCUGAUCAGGUGGGGUCCAAUGCAGAGGCUGGGACUGUGAUUGGGGACAAACCCAGAAAAAGUGCACUUGUGAAACCACCGUACUCUUACAUCGCUCUGAUCACCAUGGCCAUCCUGCAGAGCCCCAAGAAACGUCUCACUCUGAGUGAGAUCUGCGAAUUUAUUAGCAAUAGAUUUCCCUACUACCGGGAAAAAUUCCCUGCGUGGCAAAACUCUAUUCGCCACAACCUUUCCCUAAACGACUGCUUUGUGAAAAUCCCACGGGAGCCCGGCAAUCCCGGCAAGGGUAACUACUGGACUCUCGACCCGGAUUCCGCAGACAUGUUCGAUAACGGGAGCUUCUUGCGCAGGCGGAAGCGCUUCAAGAGGCACCAGAAUAAUGAUAUCCUCAGGGACUCUGGUGGCUUUCUACCAGGAUUUGGAUAUGGCCCGUAUGGAUACAACUAUGGACUUCAGCUGCAGAACUUCCACGCAGCUCACAACCCUUAUCACCCACACCACACAGGUGGUUCCUUCCCGUUCCCUAACGCCCCCUGCACCUUGCCCUCAUCAGCCUCCAUAUUCCCCGCGCCACAUCAUCUGCCCUCCCUUUUAGGGACCGAUUUAAGAAAGCCUUUUUAUCCUCAGCUAAGCCCCUCUCUGCCACCCCUCAAGACGGACUCCAGUGCCCCGAGUCGACCUUCGUUCUCCAUUGAUAAUAUCAUUGGUGCAGCCAACUCCACCGCUUCUUCAUACAGCGCGCAGCCGGGAAGCCAGGCUCAGAUUCUGGCCAUGUUGACCCCAGCACUGGCCUCUGCUUCAAGUCAUUUGAACUUGUCACAAGAGAGCAUAUUACAACCUGGCCCACAGACUUUUUCCAGUAAAACCCCGAAUAUGAACACUUGCCCUUUCUAAGAAAAAAAAAAAAGACUGAAAAAAGAUAAAGAAAAAAAAAAAUGCGAGAAUGCCCUCUGAAUAUUUUUGAUUAAAAAAAAGAGUCAAUUGUGGCGUCGUUCUCUGUGAAGGUAGGGUGAACAUUCUUGGUGAAGUAAGAGGAGAGACAGGUUUAUUUAUAGGUUGUAAAUAUGUGUAUAAUAUUGAGAGGCAAACGCAAGAGAAACUCGGAGAGGGAGCUUUUUAAACAAUGCUGCCCUGCAGUGUGGCAUGUGGCCUUCAAUUGUCAAUGGAGGGAAAAAGGAAAGGGGUCUCUUAUUUUAACAUAAGUUAAAGUCGUCACCAGUGGCUACGGGGAUUAUUUUCGAUUUUUUUUUCCAAGAUAUAAUUGAGAAUUUUAUUAUGAUUUAUAUUGUUUGCUUUUUGUUUGUUUGUUUGUUUUUUUGUGUGUCUCUAGAGAAAGUGGCACUGUUGUUGAGAUAUGCUGACAAGAGACUGCAAACUCAGGUUUUUAAUUAGAAAGCACACGGAGACAAAGGAGUGUUUUAUGUCAUUUAAAAAAAACAAACAAUUUUCCCCCCAUUAUCACUCCCCCUGAAUCUUCUUUACAUGGUAAAUUUGUGACAAUAUCAUUUCAUGUUGUCAGUGGACCCUUAGGCUAUGUGAUUUUGGUAUUCAAGAGCGCAAUACCUCUCUGAACCUUUUAAUUGUUCGUUCCUACCUAUUCGCAAUUUAAUCUGUGAAGCAUACAGUAUGUCAUGUGUUGCCAAUAGAA